AUGGUGUCCAAUGGUCAGGCCGAUGGCCAUGUUUCUCAGGCAUCCUUGAAAGUGAGUUUCUCAUCCCAUAAUGGCAAUACUCCAACAUAUCCCAGCAACUGCCUUGAAUUUUUAAAUGAUCCAUUGGCAGGUGAAAAGACCAUCCCUGCGAAGGUCCACUUAAACAUUAUCGUCGUCGGCGCUGGACUCGGCGGACUAGCAACAGCCAUCGCUCUCGCAAGUUCCGGCCACACCGUGACUGUUUACGAGCAAGCACAAAAGCUUGGAGAAGUCGGAGCUGAUAUCCAAAUACCAUCUAACUCAACUCGCCUCCUGAGCAGGCUCGGCCUAGACCCAUACUUGAAAGAGUAUGUGACGGAGCCUGAAUCAAUUUCUUUCCGACGGUGGCAAUCAGGAGAUGUCAUCGGGCUCACAAGACUUAUCCCGAACUUCCGAGAACAGUUCGGCGCGCCGUACUAUGUGAUUCACCGUGCGAACUUCCAUUCUGCGCUGCAUAAACGUGCCCUGGACCUGGGUGUCACAGUCAAGGUUGCUUCGCGGGUUGUGGGAUAUAAUAUCGAGGGACCAAGUAUCGUUCUUGGGAAUGGUGAAACUGUUUCGGCUGAUUUGGUCGUUGCCGCAGACGGUGUCAAGUCGGUUGCUCGUGGAACUCUCGAUCAGAGUGGCAAACCCACUUUCCAAAAGACUGGAUUUGCGGCGUACCGAGCUACUGUGGACGUGGAGCGCAUAAAGGAAGACCCGGAGCUUUCUUGGCUAUUGGAAAAGCCGGCUCUCAAUAUCUGGAUUGGUGAUCAGCGGCAUGUAAUGACAUACACCAUCGGAGCCGGAAAGUCUUUCAAUAUGGUUCUUUCUCAUCCAGAUGACAGCGAUCCCUCAACAUGGGAUCAGCAAAAUACUCUUAGUGAGAUGAGAUGCGAGUUCCAAGGAUGGGACAGCCGACUCGAGAAGAUUAUUGGACUCAUCGAAAAGACCAUCAAAUGGCCACUGAUCAGUGGAGUCCCUUUAUCUCGCUGGGUGAAUGGCAAGGUGUUGAUACUAGGAGACGCAGCACAUGCAAUGCUACCUUACAUGUCACAGGGUGCAGCUAUGGCUGUCGAAGAUGGCGCAGCACUAGCACGAUCUCUGUCCAAAAUCGAGGACGCCACCGACAUCCCGAAAGCAUUGAGUAUUUUCGAAAAGGUCCGCAUCGAGCGAGCUGGAAUGAUGCAGGAGGCGAGUCUUCUGAAUGGAAAGCUGUGGCAUUUCGCCGACGGACCGCUUCAGGAAGCCCGUGAUGCCGCUAUGAAGCCCGAGAUUCUGGGUUUGCCUUUCAGCCAUAGUCCUAAUCAGUGGAGUGAUCCGGCGACUCAGAUGUGGUGUUAUGGAUAUGAUGCCGAGCAAGAGAUUGAUCAGGCUUGGAAGUUAGAAUUGUAA